AUGCGUCUCUUUGUGACUCUGUGCUCGCUCCUUGUCUUGGCUCAAGCCAAGCCUCAGGGAUACAACUAUGGCAGCGGCGUCUCUGGCACCUUGACGAGCACAAGCGGCCACCUUGGCGGUGGCGGUGGCGCCUUUCUUGGUGCACCUAGCAAUGCACAGGGCGUGGCAACCUAUGGACCACUGGGCGCCUUCCAAAGUGCCAGCGUUGGCUCUCUGCUGAGCUCCAACUCGGGCCACAGUCACAGUCAGGGUCAGGGAGGUGGCAACACUUAUGUCCAAGGAUCAGGUAGCUACAACACUGGACGCACCUCCUCCUCCGCAGCCUCCACUGGCUUUGGCAACAACUUUGGCAGCGCAGGCAGCAGCUUUGCUGGCUUUGGACCCUCACCAAACAUUGGCUUUGGCGGUCUUGCCGGUUAUCAGGCGCCCAGUUAUCAACAGCAACAGCAAGAGGAGCAACGUGCUGCCUUUGAAUCACCCAUUAUCCACAAACAAUUCAUCACAGUUGCCGCUCCCGAAGAGCACGAGAAUCUGGAGCGUGUCAAGCAUUUGGUGAUUGGUCGCCCCCAGAAGAAUUAUCGUGUGGUGUUCAUCAAGGCGCCUUCAUCGAGCAGCGCCAAUGUCAAGUUGUCGGCGGAAUAUGCUCCCAAGGAGGAAAAGACCGUCAUCUAUGUGCUCAGCAAGAAGGAUUCCUCACUGGAGGUCAACGAUAUUGCCACGCCAGCUCCAACAAUUCCCAGCAAGCCGGAAGUCUUCUUCAUCAAGUACAAAACCGAUGCGGAGGCAACUCAUGCCCAGCAACAGAUUCAGGCUGAAUACGAUCGCAUUGAGGGCACCUCAGAGCACACCGAUGGAGGCGUGGCACCUGCCCAGUCUGUCGUUGGUAUUCUGGAUGCUGGUCACAGUGGCAGCAGCUCAGUCAGCGGCGGCAGUCAGGGAAUUAUCAGCAGCGGUAGCAGCAGUCAGGGAAUUAUCAGCAGCGGUGGCAGCAUCGGCAGUGGCAGUAUUGGAGGUGGCAGCAUUGGAGGUGGCAGCGUUGGACAUGGCAGCCACAUCAUCAGCAGCUCUGGUGGCAGCCACAGCACUGCUCAGAGUGCUACCUACUUGCCCCCUAGCAAGUAAAGGCUGUGCAGCAACAACUAAACAAUUUUUUUUCUCUUAAAUAACAAUUUUUUGUGCUCU